AUGGGAGGCUUACAAACCGAAACCAAUAUUAAUUGCAAACCAGAUAAAGUCAUAUACGUGAAUGAGCAAUCGUUUAACUUUUUAGGUAGUGGUGUAAAUAACACCGAAUGUAAUAAUUCAACAUCUUCAAAAUGUUUCGACUACCUUGCCAAGGAUUAUUUUUCAUAUUUCAAUGUAUCCCGAUCUUGUAACGAAAAAGAUCAAUGUUCAUUGGUCUACAAUGACAUAUAUUAUUCUGUGAGAACAAUUGCAACAUUUCAAACGUGUGGUUUCGGCAAACACAGUGACUUCUAUCUAUUAAGGAUUGGAGUUUCAUAUGAAUGUUUCCAUUAUAAAAAUCAAAUUAUAUUCCGCAAAAAUAUUUCCAAAACACGAGAUGGAUCUCUGUAUCUGAGGUCAAAUGAAACUGGACGAUGUUUCAUUAGGGGAUCCAUUCAAUCAGCCAGGAUCCUGGAGCAGGUCAACAUGAGAUUCAAUGUCAGUGAUAGAAAAUCCCACCUCUGUACAGAGUUGCUUACCAGUGGAUCGUUUAUAUACGACGUAGACAUGUCGUGUUUAGUGGGUGUUGACGGGUUCUAUCUGGAUAUUCAAACAACGAAAACUAGACCAAGAAAACUGUGGAUGGAAUUUAAAGGAACUUCGUUACAAUUGGAAUGCGGGGACAACAUUCAGUUGCCAAAUGAAUCUGAGCAAAAUGAUGGAUCUACUUUAUUUCCGAUCAUAAUGGGGCUGGUUGCUGGACUCCUGCUUCUACUAGCUCUAAUUCUGAUUGUACUCAAAAGAAAAAGAGAUCUAACGACAAGGGCUAAGACAAAGCAUUAUACCAUGACUGAUGGGACCACGCUUGAAGAAUAUCAGGAUCGUACAUAUUACAACGAAUUUCAAAAUGACGUUCAGGGCGUACAAGAGAUAUCAUCCUCAUUUGAUGAAUAUAUCUACAGCAUGUCAAACAAUGAUGCCAGCUAUGAGCAAGUAAACAUUAAAAAGAACACAUCAAAAUACGGGAGAAUCAACGGAGAACAGAGUGUAAAGAAAGGAACAGUUGAUGCCGAGAAGCCACAGAAGGAGUCACGUGAUUCAAACAACGUUACCCCCAGGUUCAUUAAGAGAGCAGAAAAUAAACCCAACACAUUCAUUGGUGAUGUAACGGACAAUGUUUAUGCCACUGUGUGUAAAUCAGUUCAUCUGGGAAGCAUCUAUACAGAUGAAGGGGACAUUUAUGCCGAAGUUUCCACGCCCGAAGAUGGAAAAUAGCGUAUAGUCUGUCCCAAGAU